AUGACCGACGGGCCUACAGACAUUAUCGCAUCGAAGCCACCAAAGCAGCCAAGGACAGUGAAGGGCUUACCUAACGUGAGGAUGACACACGACGAACGAAUGGCCUUCCUCGAGCAACACCUCAACCUCGAACGUCUUGGUGUCCAAGACCUGUUCAGAUGGGUCAAGGUCGGUGUACACUACAACAGCAACGACAGGCUUACCGUCGUCAACAACCUCGUGGCUCGUCUAGUCGAACACGGCAGCAUCCGACUCCUCUCGUCCAUUGCUGGCGAGGUUCACGAUGACGAUGACGACAAUGACGGUCAUACCCACAAUACUGCAGCCAGAUCACGUCCCAACCGUAAGGAGCGCCGCGCACAAAAGACAUCACUGACUUCGAGGUCUAUUUCGUCGUUUGGGACUGUUAGACCAUCCACCCAGCCAUCCGCUCAGUCUUCCGCUCAGUCGUCCGCUCAGGCCAAGGAAAUUUCUAGCAUCGUGAUAAGGGCUCCGAACUCCUUUCUGCCAUCAUCCACCGUAGCCAGCAGUACCGUCCAGAAGUACCCACGGCGCGGAUCUACGAAGGUUAGCAGUUCGCAUGAUGAUGGUUCAUCGACGCUGCCUCCUCUCAAUCAUGAAGGGGACCAUAAUAACACGACCGACGUUAGAGCACCGACAGCGAGAUCAAGGUCUGCAAGAACGCCCAAGCCUCUACCUCUUAAGGACGAUAUUGCAGCUAGUCGCUUGGCUGUGACUCGAGCUGCGCGUGUGAAACCCAUCAAUCUGGCUUGGCCUCUGAUCAAUAACACUGGACUUCUUCCCCGAUAUGCGCAAGGUAAUAUCCGGUACAGCAAAAAGAAAGAUAGUGUCCAGAUACAAUCGUCGCUGUCUGCCCUCACUGGAGCCCACACAGCGCAAAAUGUUACUCAGAUACAUCUUCCUCUCGAAUGCAAAAACAUGAGGUCUGAUUUACUGAAGUCGCUUGAUACAGCCGAUGAGUACUAG